CUACAUCCAGUGAUAAAGGCUUUCCUGUGUGGCUCCAUCAGUGGGACCUGUUCCACCCUACUUUUCCAGCCUCUGGAUCUCCUUAAAACACGCCUGCAGACUCUCCAGCCCUCAGACCACGGGUCCAGACGCGUUGGGAUGUUGACUGUACUCUUGAAGGUGGUUCGCACAGAGAGUCUUUUGGGCCUUUGGAAAGGGAUGUCCCCCUCCAUCGUGAGAUGUGUCCCUGGUGUUGGGAUCUACUUCGGCACUCUCUACUCUCUGAAGCAGUAUUUCCUGCGAGGCCAUCCUCCCAGCGCCCUGGAGUCAGUCAUACUGGGCAUGGGCUCUCGAUCUGUUGCAGGGGUGUGCAUGUCGCCCAUCACAGUGAUCAAAACACGCUAUGAGAGCGGGAGGUACGGCUAUGAGAGCAUCUACACAGCCCUGAGGAGCAUCUAUCGCAGCGAGGGCCACCGGGGCCUCUUCAGUGGCCUGACAGCCACUCUGCUUCGCGAUGCACCUUUUUCAGGGAUUUACCUGAUGUUUUACAGCCAGACCAAAAGCACAGUGCUCCACAGUAUGGACCAGUUGGACGUAGCCUUCAUUCCCAUUGUGAAUUUCAGCUGCGGGAUAUUUGCUGGUAUUCUGGCCUCAUUGGUAACUCAACCUGCAGAUGUUAUCAAAACUCAUAUGCAGCUCUCCCCAGUGAAGUUUCAGUGGAUUGGCCAAGCAGUAACACUCAUUUUCAAAGACUACGGGCUGCGUGGUUUCUUCCAAGGCAGUGUUCCCCGGGCCCUCCGCAGAACUCUGAUGGCAGCAAUGGCAUGGACAGUCUACGAGGAGAUGAUGGCGAAGAUGGGCCUGAAGUCCUGACAGGAGAGGACAGGGAAGAGUUUCCUGUCAUCCUGCUUAUGUGCUGCCAAGGGUUGCUUCAUCACACUCUGCAGUCAGGUGCAGUCCUGCCUAGAGAGCCAGGCAGAAACAGGAAGACGGAGGAUCUGCCUGGAGCCCUUCUGGUCUCCCAGAAGUGGAGUCACCAGUACACAUAGCACCUUGGGGAGUUGGGAGAAAAGUCUACACACCCCACAGGGCUCCUGGAAAGGCAUUUUCAGAAAGGCCUUUGCUAGGUAGCCUCACCUGCACUGCAGGGUCUCCUGUGGGAUGUGCUUGGACAAGGAGUCACGGUCCAGGGAAGCGGCCUCUUUCCUGUCUGCGGAACUGCCCCGGGAGGACCCUGUCUGGGUGGUGUUCACGGUCAACAGGCCGAAGGCUGUGUCUGAGGUGCUGCCCUGAGGAGGAACUGAAGUUGUUAUUUAAUUGAUCCCUGGCCAACUUGGAGCCUUUGGAGAGUGGAAGCAGUGACUUACUGGCUUCCAAAUGUACAAAGAAAAUUGUUUGAUCUUGGCCCCUGCACUGUGUAAAUCUAAGCUAUUCUGGCAUUUUUUGCAACUAAAGUUCAGAUGCAUAAAGUAAAGCACUUUAUCAAUGAAAGUUGUUUGGAAAACCUAAA